AUGGACGCCACCGGGUCGGCUUCGGCCUCGGCCUCGGCCUCGAUGUCGCGCCCCGCCGCACCCACCGCCUUCACCGUCGCAGACCACGUCCACCACGUCCGCGAACGGCAGACCGACGUCGACGCCUUUGCGAACCUCAUCACCCAGGCGCUCCUCUACGUCGACCACGGCGCCGGCAAGAAGGUCCACCCCUUUUGCUCCACCGGGGGCCCGCCCGACUUUGAGCUGCACAGUAGCAUGCUCCGGUGCUUUGGCUUCCGCGCAAAGGACGAGGUGGAGACGUGGCAGCGCAAGGUCGCCCACGCAAUCUACGGCGGCGGCUGCGUCGCCUGCUACCAGGGUUACCUCCGCGCCCGUGUCCGCCUCCGCACCGCCUACCUCGACGCCUUCCCCGCGGACAAGAUCGACGGCCUCCUCGACCUCAUCGACGCCUGGGAGCAGGAUCUCGCCCUCGACGCCCUCAAGCGCAAGGGCAUCGCCCCGGGCACCGGCCUUGCCGCCCUCUCGCCCGCCGAAACCUAUGCUGUCCUCUCCCUCGUCGCCUCGGACCGCGCACAGCAGCUCCGUCAGCAGGUCAAGGCCGCCCUCACCACCCAGCAAUUGCCCGCGCUCACCGAGCUGCCCGCCGGCCUCCUCGUCUUGGCCGUCGACGAUGACCCCACGGCGCGUGCCUUUGCCGCUCGCCAGAUGAUCCACCUCAAGCCGCUCACCACGCCCAUGGCCGAGAACCCCGUCUUUGACCGCGCAAUAGCGGCGGUCGCCUCCAAGCUCAACGAUGCUGGCUACGGCAUGGACUGGUCGACCGUGCCCAUGAUCCUGCGCGUGCUGCCCAGGUCCGCGGCAGCCCUGACGCCUGCCAUCCUCAACCACGUCCACGACCGCGGUGCGCACCUGCCCGACGUCCUCCGCGCCUACACCGCUCUGCUCAAGCAGCGGGGCCCCGCCAUCUGGCAGGACCUCCACGGCCGCGUUGGCAAUGAUGGCGGCGACGACGAGUAUCCCACCCUCGUCCUGUCGGGCAUCCUCGACAACCCCUUCUUCACCCAGCCGCUGCUGCAGCACCCCAAGGACGCGCCCGUCGACGCCCGGCAGCGCACCCUCUACUUUUCCUGGAUGGGCUCCCACCUCGCCUCGCUCAGACAUGCGGAGCAGGACAUCCAGGGCCCGCACUACGUCGAGGCGCUCAAGCGGCUCGCCAACUUUCUGUUCGAGCGCAUGCAGCAGGGCCACGUCCCCAACGCCUACCGCAGCGUCUCGCUCAAGGAGGCCGUCGAUCUCGUCCUCAACCAUGCCGACGAGCGCAGCAGCCGCGACGUUGUCGACCUCUACGCGCCCACCAUCGCCUCGAUGGCGCUCGGCAAGGGUGCGCCCGACGCCGACACCCGCGCCGCAGCCCGCGACCUGAUGCGGCAAGCGUUUGAGCGCGAUGCCAAGGCCCUCGUCGCCGCCUCCGAGGCGCUGGCGGCGCUGACCGUCAAGUACACGGGCGUCUACAAGCUCCACUCGCGCGCGCGCCGGGACCCCAAGGUGGCCGCCACCAUGGAGGUCCUGUCGCCCGGCGACAUCUACAAGCAGGCGAUGCGCGACGGAUACCCCUCGCUGUCGAUCUGCUCCGAGCUGUGGCACGAGGCCUACAGCGCGCUCGAGACGCACUCCGGCGGCGAGGCCUACGCCGUCUUUCUGCAGGCGCUCGCGCCGAUCUCGGUCUACAUGGCCCCCUCGGCCUCGACCCACCUGCUGCGCGAGGCCGACGGCCACGGGGCCGCCUUCGAGGCCUACGCCGCGCGCGUCAAGGCGUCGGUCGCCUCGAUCUCCAAGGCGCUCGCCACGAUGCGGGGCGGCCUGGCCGACAAGCUGACCGACUUUGGCGAGCUGGCCACCGAGGACGACGCGCAGUCGCUCUGCGUCGGCUCCGUCCACAGCCUGCUGCUGCUCAACCUGUGCCCGGACGUCGAGGUGCACAAAUCGGCGCAGAACCUGCUGCGGCAGGCGUUCCCCGACGUGCAGACGCGCGCCGACUGUUUUCGCGUCCUGCUCCAGAUCAACACGUCGCAGGCGCUCCGCGGGCUGGUCGACUUCCUCCACGCCUUUGUCUCUGCGACGACCAAGCUGGUCGAGGCCAACGACCUGGCCAAGUGGAUGGUGAGGAGCUUCGCCAACAUCCUCUCGGUGCUGUGCGACGGCACCGAUGGCCUGCUGUGCGCGAGUACACCCGGCUCGCUCGUCGAGGACCGCGGCAAGCGCCAGUCGGUGGCGCUCAAGCUGCCGGCCCUCUGGCAGGCCAUGUGCCGCAGCGUGUCGUCCAUCUUCCGCAAGACGCCGCAGUGGUCGACGCUGCUGGCGCGCGAGGACAUGGUGGCCUGGUUCCGCGACGUCACCAUCUUUGCUUCCGAGAUGGUCGAUGCGCUCAGCGUCUUCCGGCCCCUCGUCAGCCCGGCCGGCGACGCCGACGACCGCGACCUCGACUCGUCGGACGAGGACGCCAUGACGCUGGCGCUGGCGCAGCCGCUCGAGAGCGCCAUCAGCUGGCUGCGGAUGAACGACCAGGAGAUCCUCACCGAGACGCGCGGCUACAUUGAGCGGGCGCUCGAGCGCUUUGCGCGCGACGCCGUCGACUUUCCGGCCGACUCGAAGCGCAAGCUGCUCGACUUUAUCAACCAGCAGCUGGCCAUUGACGACCCCAAGCUGCGGCACACGCUGCUGUCGGACGAGGAGCUCGGCAAGCUCAAGCAGCUCGUCGAUCCGCCGAUCGAGAUCAGCGACAGCGACGACGACGGCGGCGGCGCCGGCAGCCUCGACUCGGACGGCGAGUCUGCGGGGUCCGAGCUCGGCAGGGACAAGAACAAGGUGCGCGAGUCUUCGAGGCCGAUCAUCGACAGCUCCCACUGGUGGAGCUCGGCCGGCCUGUACGGCACAUCGCUCACCAGCAGCCAGGGCCGGAAAAAGAAGCAGCAGCAGCAGCAACAGCAGAAGCUGCAAAAGAAGAAGCUCAAGCAGCAGAAGCUCAGCUUCGCCAAUGUCCCGCCCAGCAAGAUCAUCGACGUCGACGCCGCCUACAGCGGCGACGCCAAAGCGCCCUCAAAGUCCAAGGCUGCCGCUGCGCCGCCCAAGGCACCCGCGGCCCCGAUCAACGCCUACAAGGGCGCCGCGGCCAGAGCGGCCCAGCAGGCCGGCACCAAGGCAUCGAGCGCCGCCUCUGCAUCGCGGUCCGCCGUACCCAAGGCCGGUACGGGCAAGCUGGCCCAGCUGCGACAGGAGCUCGGCACCAGCCGCUCGUGGCGUCCGCAGAACGUCAAUGCCCGCCCGCCUGCCGCGCCGGCGAGGAGCGUCAAGGACGGCGAGGCCGGCACCCUGCAGAGCAGCUCCGUCACCGGCGUCGCGGGCGGCAAGACGACCGCCGCCGGCAAGCCAAACGGUGCGACCGCCUCGUCGGCCUCUUCGUCGUCGUCGGACGACAGCAGCGACGAAGAGGCCGAGGCGAAGGGCCUGGCGGCCCUCAGCAAGCGGCGAUCGCCGCUGAGGCCGCGCAUGCCGCUGCAGCCCCAGCCGAGGCGACAGAUCAAGGUGCUCGAGGAUCCAGCCAUCAGCCGGGCCAAGCAGGAGCGGCAGGAGGCCGAGCGGAAGCGGCUGCUGCGGAGCGCGCCAGACUAUAGCGCGCUUCACCGCAGCAUCCUGGCGUGGGACUACUACCACGAGGGCCAACGCCCUCCUGUGCCCGCGGGCAAGGAGCCCGCGUACCGGAUGGUGCCGUCACUGCUGGCCAAUGCCGCCGAGUACGGCCAGGUAUUUGGCCCGCUGCUCCUGCUCGAGUGCUGGGCCCAGUUCCAGCAGGCGAGGGAGGAGGCCGACAGCGUUCCGGACCGCACGACGGUCGAGGUCGUCGGCCGCGCCACCGUCGACCAGUUUGUCGACCUCAACGCCACCAUCGUGCCCGCCGCGGUCCCCAAGACGUUCUCGCUCAACGAGACCGAGGUGGUGCGGCUCAAGGAGCUCUACCCGCCGCCCGGACGCCGGCCGCGGACGAUGCUGGCCAAGGUGCAGGCGUUCAAGAGGCACCCGCAGGGCCACUUGGUCACGCUGCGGUGCUGCCUGAUCGAGGACAAGCAGGGCAUCAACUCGAACCUGACGGCCAGGACCAAGUGGGAGCUCACCAAGCUCUUUUCGCUCACCACGCUCCACCGCGAGUUUGCGGCGCUGAUGACGGCCGCCUACUUUGACCUGUUUCAGAACGUGCUGGCGGCGCGGGUGUCGCCCAAGGCGCCCCUGAGCGCCGAAAAGGUGCAGCACGCAAUGAACGGCUACCAGGUCAAUGAGCCGCAGGCGAGGGCGAUUCUGGGCUCGCUCGCCACGCCCGGAUUUUCGCUGAUCCAGGGCCCGCCGGGAACGGGAAAGACCAAGACGAUCUGCGCGCUGAUCGGCGCCUUUAUCUCGACGCGCAAGGGGACCGCCACCUCGGCGGGCGGCGGCGGCGGCGGGUCGGCGGCGGGCGGGCCGUGCAAGAAGAUCCUGCUGUGCGCGCCGAGCAACGCCGCCAUCGACGAGGUGGCCAAGCGGGCCAAGGCGGGCAUGCGCAACGCCGAGGGCAAGACCAUCUACCCGCGCGUCGUCCGCCUCGGCCGCGAGGAGGGCAUCAACGUGGCGGUCAAGGACAUUUCGCUCGACCACCUCAUCGAGCAGCGGCUGAGCAACAAGGCGGCGCGCGACCAGGACAAGCCGGCGCCCGUCGACCCGAGCAUCCUCCACGCCGAGAUCCACGCGCUCAAGAAGCAGCGCGAGGACAAGCAGGCCGAGCUGUCGGCCGUCCAGAACAAUCCGGCGCUCGCCACGCAGCUGCAGGCCGAGAUCCGCAACCUGGCGGCCAAGCGGCUGGCGGUCAUGUCGAAGCUCGACGAGGCCAAGGACCGCGCCCAGACCGAGUACCGGCAGCAGGAGGCCGACCGGCGCAAGGCGCGCACCGAGAUCCUGGCCGACGCCGACGUCAUCUGCUCGACGCUGUCGGGGGCGGGCCACGAGAUGCUCAACUCGCUGCCCUUCGACUUUGAGACGGUCGUCGUCGACGAGGCCGCCCAGGCCGUCGAGCUGAGCACCAUCAUCCCGCUGCGCUACGGCUGCAAGCAGUGCAUCCUCGUCGGCGACCCCAACCAGCUGCCGCCCACCGUCAUCUCGCAGCAGGCCGAGCAGCUGCGCUACUCGCAGUCGCUGUUUGUCCGCAUGUUUGAGCGCUCGCCCGACGACGUCUACCUGCUGAGCAUCCAGUACCGCAUGCACCCCGAGAUUUCCGUCUUCCCCUCGGCCACCUUUUACGGGUCCAAGCUCAAGGACGGGCCCAACAUGGCGCAGCUGACGACGCAGCCGUGGCACCGGUACGAGCUGACGCGGCCGUUCAAAUUCUUUUCCACAAAGGCCGCCGAGAUGCCCGGCCGCGCCCACUCGCUCAUCAACCGCGAGGAGGCCAACGUGGCGCUGGCCAUCUACGAGCGCCUGCGGCAGGACUACCCGCAGACCGACCUCGACUACCGCGUGGGCAUCGUCACCAUGUACAAGGCGCAGCUGUUUGAGCUCAAGCGCACGUUUGCCGCGCGCUACGGCCAGGACAUCCACCACACGAUCGACUUUAACACGGUCGACGGCUUCCAGGGCCAGGAAAAGGACAUCAUCAUCCUCAGCUGCGUGCGUUCGAGCGGCGAGGCGCGCUCGAUUGGCUUCCUCGGCGACCGCCGCCGCGUCAAUGUCGCCAUCACGCGCGCCAAGAGCAACCUGUUCGUCGUGGGCAAUGCCGACCACCUGAGCCGCAGCGAUCCGCUGUGGCAGCAGCUCGUGGCGACGGCGCGGGAGCGGCAGGCUCUGCAGAAUGUCACGGUGGCCACGUUUACCAAGACGAGCAAGACGGUGCUGGCCAAGGUGGCGCCGCCAGAGCCGAUGCCGUCGGCCGGAUCGCGGGCCCCACCACCGGGGGGAGCGCGGCCUGGUGGCGUGCCGACGGUGCGGCCGAGGCCGGUCAGUGGCUCCAGCGCGACCGGGGCCGGGGCUGGGUCAACACCGUCGGGUCCCAAGGCGUCGCCGAGGGCCAUGGCGCAGCAGUCGCAGCCGCAGCCGCAGCCGCAGCCGCAGCGACAGGGGCUCCCCGCACGCCCUCGUCCUCCACCUCCAGUGGCGUCGUCGUCGUCGUCUCCGGCCAACGGCAGGCCGAAUGGCACGGGCAACGGCGCAGCGCCGCCGGGCGAUCCGAAGAAGCGCAAGGGCAUUAUUGUGCGCGACGAGGUGCCGGACGUGCUGGCGGCGAAGAAGCGCAAGGCAACGGAUGCCGACGGCAUCUCGUACGGCGUCCCGGCGGGUCAGGCUGGCCGGCCGAACCCACCGCCGCCGGCGGGCGCCGCGGCGCCGGUGCCGCCGUCGGAUGCUGCGCUCAACUCGCUGUUUGUCAAGAAGCGCCGAUGA